AAUUGUUUUGGAAAACUUUGAAGAGGAUUGGAAUUAACUGUUAUUUAGAUGUUAGGUAGAAUUCACCAAUGGUUCUAUCUGGUCCUAGAAACUAGGAUAGGGAACAUCAGGUUCUGGAGAAAUUGAACCAUUUCUUACUGUUAUUUCUUUACUGUCUUGUGUUUUAAACAUAUUGGAAUUUCAUUAGAUAUUAAGUAAAUUAAUAGGUAGAAAAAAAUAAACAAUAUAAUUUUCUUUAUCUCAAAUAUAUAAUUGUUAUUGUAUUAAUCUUUAAGUCUGAGUAAGGAGAAAAUUGGGAGAAAGGAGUAAUGCUAUUAUUUGCUUGAUCUUCACAUUAUUAGGUAACUUAACAUUAAAAAACAUUUUCUCCAUACUUGAAGUUGAAUAUACACUCUUUGUGGAAGAAUGGAUUUCAUGGCAUUCAAUCAAUUUGUCAUGCUUUUAUGGAAAAAUUUUACCUUAAAGAGAAGGCAAUACAUUAAUUCAUUAUUUGAAGUCCUAACAGCAGCAGUAUUUCCAAUAUUGAUUUUGAUAAGCUGUUCAAUUAGGAAUAUAAACAUUUUUGGACCUCGAUAUUAUAAUCCAAUUCCCGUCAGUGAUCUGCCUUCUUUCCUCAAAAAUCCUCAAGAGUGGGAAUUGAUUUACGUGCCUUCUAAUAUUAAUGCGAUAAAUGAGAUCAUUGAGAACACGAAGAGGAAUUUAAACAUCAGUAUAAGAGUUCAUGGCUUUCAUGCAGAAAGUGAGUUUGAGACGUACUUGAAGUAUGACUAUAGAUCUCGAAAUGUGCUAGCUGCCAUUGUUUUUGACAAUGACUUCAACAACAUCAAUGACUCUCUGCCACUUCAGGUAAAAUAUCAUCUACGUUUUGUUAGGAAACAAAGGACUUUUCUACCUACACAAGCAGGCUGGAAAACAGAAUUUCUCUUUCCUAAUCUCCCCACUUUUAGACCCAGGAACCCAGAAGACAAUGAUGGAGGGAGUCCUGGGUACAUCAGAGAAGGGUUCCUGGCUGUGCAGCAUGCCUUAGAUAAGGCCAUCAUGCAGUACCAUGGAUACCGUGCUGCCCAGAAGCUGUUUGAUGGCAUUAGUGUUCUUGUACAGAGGUUUCCACAUCCAGCUUAUUCUAGAGACCUGUUAUUGGAAAUCAUUAGUGUUCAAUUCCCUUUGAUGUUCAUAUUCAUGUUCUCUUCAAUUGUACUUUCCAUCAUGCGAAAUCUUGUGUUGGAAAAAGAAAAAAGAUUGAAGGAGUACCAACUCAUAAUUGGAAUUAAAAACUGGAUGAUCUGGACUUCCUAUUUCCUCACAGUCUUCUUGUUUUAUAUAAUUAUUAUCGCUUUGAUAUUUGUGUUAUUAUUUGCCAAGGCAAGUUUCUAA